AUGGCUUCUAUUGACGAAAUUCUAGCUGACGAACAAAAACUCGCAGAGGUGACUAAAGCAGUCUUUGACCAAGUUGAUGCUGAUCAAUCUGGCCAAAUCGAUAGAAGAGAGCUCAAACUCGCCAUGGCUCAAGUUGCCCGUGAAGCUAACAUUGAAGCACCAAGUGACCAAUCAGUUGACCAAGCCCUGAAAGUUUUAGAUGCUGAUGGAAGUGGAACUAUUGAUGUCAAUGAAUUCAAAGUACUCAUUAGACAACUUUUAGAAGCUUUAAGAUAA